ACCAGUUCACCUGACAGCUUCUUCUUCUUCUUCUCUUUCCCUUUCUUUCACGCUCUCUCUGUUUCAUGUUUAAGGGCCUUCAUAAAGUCCUAACCUUUUAUCUAAUUUUUAACUUCUGUUUUCUUCUCAAAGUUUGUUUCUUUUGUUUGGAUGCGGUAAAGCUUUUGUUUUAGGCUUCUCCGGCUGAGCGUUUCUCGUCGGAAUCUCAAUAUCUCCGGCGACAUGGCUUCCAAUCCCCCGAUGAGUACUCAAUUGGAGCAGAUCCAUGGUGAAAUCCGUGACCAUUUCCGAGCCCUCGCGAAUGGUUUCCAGAAGUUGGAUAAGAUCAAGGAUUCAUCUAGACAAAGCAAGCAGCUUGAGGAACUUACUGACAAGAUGAGAGAAUGUAAAAGGUUGGUGAAGGAGUUUGACCGUGAACUCAAGGAUGAGGAAGCUAGAAAUUCUCCUCAAGUAAAUAAGCAAUUGAACGAUGAGAAACAAUCCAUGAUCAAGGAACUCAACUCUUACGUUGCACUAAGGAAAACGUAUAUGAGUACACUUGGAAACAAGAAAGUCGAACUAUUUGAUAUGGGAGCUGGAGUCAGUGGCGAGCCCACAGCUGAAGAUAAUGUUCAAGUGGCUUCAUCUAUGUCAAACCAGGAGCUUGUUGAUGCUGGAAUGAAAAGAAUGGAUGAGACCGAUCAAGCCAUUGAGCGCUCAAAACAAGUGGUGGAGCAAACACUCGAAGUUGGAACUCAAACUGCAGCUACUUUAAAGGGACAGACGGAUCAAAUGGGGCGAGUGGUUAACCACUUGGACACGAUUCAGUUCUCUAUCAAGAAGGCUUCGCAGCUAGUGAAAGAGAUAGGAAGACAGGUGGCUACUGAUAAAUGCAUAAUGAUGUUCCUGUUUCUCAUUGUAUGCGGUGUUGUAGCCAUUAUCAUAGUGAAGAUUGUACACCCGAAUAACAAAGACAUAAGGGACAUACCAGGAUUAGCUCCUCCAGCACAAUCAAGGAAGCUAUUAUACUUGAGGAAUCAAGAAUAUAUGGGAAAAUAGAAAAUCUUUGUUUGUAUAUUUAAUUCACUUUGAAUGAAAGGAAAUUGCAUCUUUGAGGUUCUAUAUAAUUCAUCUGCAUUGCGCUUUU